GCGGCGGAAGCGGCUGCGGUGCAGGGGGGGGAGGCGGAGGAGAAGGAAGUGGAGGAGGGGGGUUUCUGCCGGUGGACGCGUCCGCGGAGCAGGCGAGAGCGUCACGUGGCUGCGGGUGGCUGCGGGAUCGGCUGCGCGGCUUCCGCGCCUCGGAUGCGUCUGCCGCCGGCGGAGCGGCGGGCGGGCGGGGAGGGGAGGGCGGGCAGGGAGGGGAGUGCAGCGGCGCGCGCGGCUGCGGUAGCGGCGCCAGCGGAUGGUCGAGUGUGGCGGCUCGAGGCGCGGGCGGCGGCGUGGCCUCGUCGGUGGCGGUGGGGGACCGGUGCUUCGUCACCUUUCGGUACGCGGGAGACGCGGAGCAGUCGCGCUCUGCGUGGCGGCCGUGGGAGCGGCUUGGCUCCUGGGUGUGCGCGCUGCUCUUCCUCGGCCCCUUCACGCUGGCGGGGGUCUGCUUCGGCCCCUCCUCCCGCCUCCUCGCGGGCUUCUUUCCGGGCCUCUCCCCCUCCCACCUCGCCAACCUGGGAGGCGUGAUCUGCGGCACCGCGGGCUUGCUCUUUGGCGGCUGCGACCCGCUCGGCUUGGGCUACCGCCUCCGGCGGCUUCGGAUGCUCGACCACCCCGAGGCCGCCAUCUGCACGCUGCUCGCCGGCGCUCUCGGCGGCGCCUUCGGCCUUGUCUUUGGGGCCGUCGCCGCGCGCGCCUUGGGCAUGGGCUCCCGCCGCGCCGCCGCGUACUCUGGCGGGCUGCUCGGCGCCGCGGGCGGCGCUGCGCUGGGCGCGACCUACGCAAAGCUCGCCGGGUACCCUCUCCGCCCCCCUGGCUGCUGCGGCAGGGACGGGGAGAGGGUUGCUAGGUUCGCUGGCUACUUACGCGUGCACCGCGCUCCGGAGCCGACCGACCUGAUCUGGAAGAACCUCCCGUACGAGGGCUCGACCUGUCGGCGCUGGGUGAUGCCGCUUGUCAACUGGGCAGUCAUCGUCAUCUCGAUCAUGCUCACCCUCAACAUCGUCCUCACCAUGACCGAGAUCAAGAUGCAGCUCGCCGGCAACCGAGAGACGGCGGCGUCGCUGCACGCCGACGGCGACGACACCGUGGACGCGCUUCUGCACCCGCUGGUGGAUUGGGUCUCCGCGCAGCUCACCGGCAUCCCGGGCAUCGACACGGAAAAGAGCCUCGUCGUCCUCAUCUCGGGCACCAUCGUCGGCCUCAACGUCGGCGCUCGCGUCGGGCUCGGCUUCCUCGUCGAGCUCGAGAAGCCGGGCUCGUGGAGCGCGAUGGAGCUCAAGACGAUGGUCACCUCGGCGAGCGUCUACAUCUUCAACUACGUGCUGCUCAUGCUGCGCGUCCACUCGCCGCUGCCCGACGGGGAGGGGUACACCGCGCUGCUCCUCAACUCGACGAAGCACGCCCUCUCCGCAGGCGACGAGUCGGUGGAAGGGGCGGUGCGGCUGUGCGCGGCGAUGCUGCAUGACGAGCUGAGUGAGGAGCCGGCCUCGCUGAGCGAGCCGUUCCAGCACGUCGCUCAGUGCGCCUCCGCCGCCUUCGGCGCCGCCCAGGCCACCUUCCGACAGGUGACUGGCGAGCUGGUCACCCGCCUCUACGGCUUCGACUGGUACGGCGAGUCGGGGGUGGUGACGCAGAUGGUUGUGAUCGCAAUCACGGACAUCGUGCUGCUCGUCCUCUUCUCGGAGGUGCUCACGCUGUGCAGGGUCGUUGCUAUGCGGGCCCUCGCCCGCUUCAAGCGCGCGCAGCGGAGCAUCAACGCCCUCUACGAGCCGCCGGUGUGGCGCUUCGCCGACCGGUACGCACACAUGCUCAAGAUGGCGGCGGUGGUGCUCGUCUUUGCGCCCGCGGCCCCGAUCCUCUACUUCAUCGGCGGCACCUCGCUGCUCCUCUCCGCCGCCGUGCAAAAGUUCAUGCUCAUCAAGGUGUACGCGCGGCCCAGUGCCCUCGACGACGAUUUGGCCAAGCGGUCUCGCGUCUUCCUGCAGGCCCUCCUCUUCCUGCACGUGACGAUGGCACCAAUCUUUUACGCUGAGCGCAACCACGCCGCGCUCUUCUUCUCGCGGGACGAGGAGUCGGAGGAGUCUGGCGCGGGGGGGCGCCGCUUCCAAGAGGCGCCCGGCCCGGCGGCGCUCGACCUCAACUCGGUGGACGAGUACGUCUGCCCGGCCGUCGGGCAGCGCAAGGGAGGCAUCGAGACGGGAGCCCUCCCCUCUGACGGCGGCCCCAACCCCCUGCCAAGUCUUACGGUUCCCUCGUUCAAUAUCGUGCGUCCGAUGGUCGCGCGUCCGGAGCAGCAGCAGGUCCUCCAGCGAGAGCACGCGACCGACGUGCGUGCGUACGUAAAGCCGAUUGUGACAAGCACGCCCCUUUUUGGUCAGCAGCCCGGCGCCAACAUCACCAUCGGUUGCUUGCGGCGCUUGCGGUACAUUGCUCGUGGGCACGGAGAUGGCAAGGCAGGACGGCUUCGCCGGCGCGCUCCCUGCGCCGGCAACCUCUCAAGAACGAGACCUAACAAAUAUCGCAUCGUUAUCUCGGCCAGCGACAUGGCAGUGAAGUGCGGCGGACCAUUUGCCUGGUCAAAAAUCAAGAAGGGGCCGGUCACGACGCCGUGCGCCGCUGCAAAGUCCAAGCACGCCUGCCACCCCCUCCCGCCGCCACGCCUCGCGACCGACUGGCCCCCUGGCUAA